ACUGGAAACAUGACUAUGAUGAAGUCCACACUCGCUGUCUUGGUGGUCCUGGUGGUCUCCACCUGCUGCUGGGCCCAGGACGAGAAGGAGCUGUCGGUGUCUGAGCUCCUGUGGAGGGCCAACAAAGACGUUGUGCGUGCGGAGGACGAGCCUUUGGUCAUCGACGACAUCGCUUAUGACUCUGAAGAGGAGAGGAAUGCUGAUCAGUGCACGUCUCAAGGCUGCAUGUGGCCCAAGUCCACCGAUGGAAAAGUCUACGUGCCUUAUGUGAUCGCCAACCAUUACUCGUCUCGUGAGCUGUCCGUCAUCGAGAACGGCCUGCAGUCCUUCAGUCAAGUCUCCUGCAUCCGAUUCAUCAGACACACCAACCAGAGAGACUACCUGAGCAUCCAGUCCCACAACGGCUGUUACUCCUACGUUGGCCGUCGUGGUUCUGCCCAGACGGUGUCUCUGGACCGUCAGGGCUGCAUUUACCACAGCACCGUCCAGCACGAGCUCCUCCACGCCCUCGGCUUCAACCACGAGCAGUGCCGCUCCGACAGAGAUCAGUACAUCCGAGUCGUGUGGGAGAACAUCCAGUCUGGUUUGGCGUAUGCUUUUGAUAAGCUCAACACUCUGAACAUGAAUACCCCCUACGACUACAACUCUGUCAUGCAGUACCACAGAUACGCUUUUUCUGCAAACAAUCAGCCUACAAUGGUGCCCAUUCCUGAUCCGAACGUUCCCUUUGGAACGGCCACUCAGAUGAGCAAGAAUGACAUCGACAGACUGAACAGACUGUAUAAAUGUUAAACAGUGUCACCGACCUGCCGUCAUGGGGCUGACUCAGACCUUUCUCACGUUGCUUCUCUGUGAACUGACAAUAAAUAUUUAAAUGCA